UCUUUCCUGUAAACACUUUCAGUUUCAUAAGUCAGGCAGGAGGGCAGCUGUGCUCAGCACGGAGUUAGAGCUUCCUGAGUCCUCUCUGUUACAGUGUUAGAGAUCAGGGUUCAAAUCCAUAUUUGGAGAAGAGUGUGAACAUUUUUGCGGCUUUGAAAAAAAAAAGAAAAACUUAACACUUUGCUGCCCUCUGGAACUUGAUUACACUGUGUGUAUUCUGAUUAGAGUGGCUGUAAUAUGCUGUAAAAGCGACGCUGCCACCUACAGGAGGACCAUCAGACUGCAAGGCGAAGGUGAACUGCUGCCAUCAUGGCACCUUCCACACAUUUCCUUCUGCUCCUGGUGGCUCACAGUGUUUCAGCUGUUCACAGAGAUUCUACCUGUACCACGUCCACACUGUCCACUUCAGUCCUUUACAAAAUACCAAUAACACUGAGCUCACUGCAGCUGUCCUGACUGAUGGAGAGAACAUGGUUUCAGAAUGGAUGGAAGGAUUCUGGAGUAGAACAAGAAUGAAGAAGCAGAGAGUUCCACAUGAAUCUGAAGUUUUUAUUGACCUUCUGGAGAUCAGCUAUAAUGGUCCUGGUGACAUAGUAAAGAGACAUGACUGUGAGGUUGAGAGAUCCUCUAGUGGAGAUGUGACCUUACUGAGCACUACAGCUGAAUACAGACUCAAUGGAGAGGUCAUCCUCCACUUUAAUGUGGACACCGUUCAGUGUGUGGUGCUGGACAGUGAGUUCCUUCCAGUUGAAGUAGUGCGAACCAGUCCACCCAGCCUCAGUCAAAUCUACAAGGAUUAUUUGGUGCAGACGUGUAUGGAGGAGCUCCUCAGUUACCUGGAUCACCAUGAGAAGGACAGCAGAAGAACUGAUGUGACACCAAGUUCUGAAGAUGAGGAGUUCAUUUCUGGAUACACAGUGCUUCUCUUGUGCAUCACCGUUUGGGUGUUUUGGAGAGAGAGAAACAGGGAUCCGUACAGAGAAGAGGGUGUAGUCCAAUUGAGUGGACACAGCCCCGUUUGACCUGUCAUUCUUCACUGAAUGGAUUCAUUCAAUUAUUUUCCGCAUUAAGAAAAAGAUGAGAAAAAGAAAAGCUGGGAAGACUCCAGUUAAAAGUGCUUACAGAGACGAUUUAAAUGUGAUGGUGAAUGACGAUCAUGAUGGACGAGAUGCAGACCGAACUGACAGAAGAUCUGUUGCUUCAAUGGACAUUCCUCUAACUUUGGGGAGAUUCGCUGCUUCAAUGGACAUUCCUCUUACUUUGGCUGGUCAAGAUGAUGACUGUGGUCAGAUAAGGAUGAUUGUGGUCAGUAAGGACAGACUGACUCGGACUGCGAGACUGAUCACAGCUGGAGGGCAGCUUGGAUCUAGAACCAUCUCUCUCCCUGCAUUUGAGAUGCAGGGAGAGGAAAGUGACCACAGGGCUGAAACAAAUCCCCAGGAUCCUUUGCUGCUGGCACUGAUAGAAAGAUUUGCUGCUUCUAUGGAUAUUCCUCUGACUCUGGCUGAGAAUGAUGAUGGUCAGAAGCUCAGUGAGGAUGGACUGGCUCAGACUGCAGGACUGACCACAGCUGGAGGAAGAUGGAAUUUCAUCAAUGUCUCUCUGCCAAAUCUGGAGAGAAUCGACUCCUCUGACUCUCAGUGAGAUGAUUCUCAGCUGUACAGCUACACCUGAACAUCACAUCUCAGAGAAGAUCCUCACAGUCUAUGUCUUAAAUUCAAAGCAACAAAUCAGAACACACACACACACAUACAGUACCUAAUAUACAUACAUGCAUACAAAAAACAGUAUCAGAACCUUCACAAUAUAUCCAAUAUCAUGUCAAGUUAUAAUAUAUAUUUAUCAUUGUGUUUGACAUCAAAAAGACAAAGUCAGCUACAAAGUCAGCUGUCAUUUCACCCCAGACAGAAAACGUCAGUAAGAACCCGUCACUCCACACAGCUGUGAUGUUAACUUGACUUUGAAGUUGUGAAGAACAGCCUUUAUGACCACUGCAGCCUCUUUGGAAUAAGCCUUUAUAAAUGUUUAUGAAGGUUUAUGUCAGCUGCCUUGAAAGGCUUAUGCAAGUUGACACGUAGCCUUAUGAGCACUGACCUACAGUACAGUGUUAUAUUUUAUUUUACACUAAAAGGAAAAAUAAACUAAUCUAAUCUAAUCAAGCAUAAUAGAGUCGUUUCCUGUGCUGACUGAUGCUGGAUGGACGAGCAGUGCAGUUCAGUAUGUUACUCAGUACUCAGUAUGUAAAUGACUCUAAAUUACAGCUUUGUUUUUUACAGCAGUCAUUAUUUUAUGACGUGGCUGCAGAUUUUUAGCCGAGCAGGAGGACACGUGAUAUAACAUGAAGGUGCUGCCACCGGUCAGCAACUUCCAGCACGGCUGAGUCUCUGAGCACCACUCGGUGUCUUACUAGCAUUCAGUUAAAUCCAGAACCAGACCAGGAAAAGCUGUAGUCUUUCACAUGCAAGUUUAUUCAGUGAAAAUUAUCACCAAAUUAAUCAGCUCUGCUACAAGCUGUAGUCUAUAGUUUGAGCAUGUUAAAACAUACGAGGCAAAAUGAUCUCGUUGUCUGAUUUAAACACUACAGAGUAGCUUAUCGGUCUCUCGUUCUUCUCCUUUUUUUGGAUGAAAAGUGUUUAAUAAUGUCCUGUUUCUUAAAAUGUCACUGUUAUUGCAUUUUGGCUUCAGGAUCAAACUGGUACACUAACUGGUGAUGAUGUUGAGAUGUCAGUGAAUUCAAAACUCCAUUAUUUUGGGACUCUUUUUCAUCACAGUCUGCUCUCAUACUUAAUUUCCUUUUUGACCAUAUAAUUUUUGAGCUCUGUUCUUUUAAAUUUAAGCAGCUGGCUCCAACUCAGAUGUGUCUGAUACAGAGGCCAAUCAGCAUCAGAACUGAUAUUUUGAAUUAAUCCAGCCAAUCAACAGUCAUGGAAGUGAACAUUGUGUAAAAAGAUAAUCAGUGAUGUGUGUGUGUGUGUGUGUGUGUGUGUGUGUGUGUGUGCGCAAGUUGAAUUAAUAAAUAUCAUAAAAAAAACACCAAAACAAAACGAAACAGCCAAUCAGGCCCUGAAUUAAGCCCAGAUAGGCCUGUGCAUUAAAUCAACUUCAUCGGGCCCUUUGUUGAUAAGAUUGGUGAUUUGCUCUGUUCAGAUAACCUUCUAGCAGAUUCUGCAUUUGUACUUAACCUCAUAUUUCAAUAUUAUAUACUAUAUUCCUGUAUCUCUGUAUACAUUGCAGUCUGUA